ACAAGACCAGAUCCAAUGGUGGUGGCAACAAAGCUACUAGCACGCAGAGAGUUAAUCGACACCGGCAAACAAUUCAACAUGAUAGCUGCAUCUUGGAUUCAGUUUAUGGUCCACGAUUGGAUUGAUCAUCUCGAAAAUCUUGAUCACCGGAUUGAAUUGAAAGCGGGCGACGAAGUUGCGAAUCAAUGCCCGUUCAAAUCGUUCAAGUUUUAUGAAUCUAAAGGCAUCCAAAUCAACGACGGCGACAACGGAAUCGAGACCGGCUUCUUGAACCGACGCACGCCUUGGUGGGAUGGAAGUGCGAUAUAUGGCAGUGAGAAAGAGACGAAGAAAGUGAGGAGUUUCGAAAAUGGGAAGCUGAAGAUAUCAGACGGCCUUCUUCCUGUCAAUCCAAACGGCACCGUUUUAUCUGGAGACGUCCGCAACGUGUGGGCGGGUCUCUCCGCAUUGCAAGCCCUCUUUGUCAAAGAACACAACUCUGUUUGCGAUUCACUCAUGAAGGAAUACCCUAAUUUGGGAGACGAGGAGCUGUACCGCCACGCAAGGCUCGUGACGUCAGCCGUCAUUGCCAAAGUUCACACCAUUGAUUGGACUGUAGAGCUUCUCAAAACUGACACAAUGCGUGCUGGAAUGAGAACCAAUUGGUACGGAUUGUUGGGCAAGAAUUUCAGAGAUAGAUUUGGACAUGUUGGUGUUCCGUUACUAAGUGGUAUAGUUGGUUCGAGUAAUCCUGUGGAUCACGGCGUACCAUACUCCUUAACUGAGGAAUUCGUUAGCGUUUAUCGCAUGCAUCCUCUUCUUCCCGACAAACUUCGCCUCAGAAACAUCAAUGCCUCUCCUGGUCCUAACAAAUCUCCCCCUCUUGACACUGAAAUUGAUAUGGUGGAGCUGAUUGGCAAGAAAGGAACAGAGAAUCUAUCAAGAAUAGGGUUGAGAAAGCAAAUUGUUUCGAUGGGCCACCAAGCAUGCGGUGCAUUCGAGCUCUGGAACUAUCCCAUUUUCCUCAGGAGCCUUAUCGCCCAUAAUGUCGAUGGCACCGACCGCCCUGACCCGGUCGACCUCCCUGCUCUCGAAAUUUACAGGGAUAGAGAGAGGAGUGUUGCAAGAUACAACGAUUUCAGACGCGGCCUUCUAAUGAUUCCCAUCACAAAAUGGGAAGAUCUAACCGACGACGAAGAGGCAAUUGAAACCCUACGCCAAGUGUACAACGAUGACUUGGAGGAGGUCGACCUUCUGGUCGGCCUCUUGGCUGAAAAGAAGAUCAAGGGAUUCGCUAUAAGCGAGACAGCUUUCUUCGUCUUCUUAAUGAUGGCGACGAGGAGGCUGGAGGCGGACAGGUUCUUCACGAGUGAUUUCAACGAGGAAACGUACACGAAGAAAGGGUUGGAAUGGGUGAACACUACAGAGAGUUUGAAAGAUGUUUUGGAUCGACAUGAUCCAGAGAUGAGCACUAAGUGGAUCAACUCCACCAGCGCUUUCACUGUGUACGCCUCUCCCGAGCCGAGCAAUCCUGUGCCACUCUAUCUCCGCCUCCCAAGUUGAACACAUUAUUUUCGUUUGUUACGAAAUUGGAUUUCAUUGUGUAAUGUACAGAUAUAUAUCUCAUGUCUAGAGAUAUUGUAUUUCGUUAAUGUCGUUUGUGUGUAUCUUUGUAAUAUAAUUGAAAUGUUAUUUUAAGCAGUGUUUGAGAAAUUAAAGAUUGACGCAAAGGAGGAAGAAGAAAUAAUGAGAUUGUGAAAAUUGUAUGCUUUGGA